CGCUCAGGCCGCCGCCCCCCGCUGGCCGACGCUGGCGGCGUAAGGCGCGCGGGCCCCGGAGCGGGCGCGGCGGAGCUGCGAGCCCGGCCCUCCCGCCGAACAUGCGGAGGCCGGCCCCGGCGGCGCGGGAGCCGGAGCGGGGGCCCGAGCGGGCGCCGGAGCCCGAGCCGGACCGCGAGCGCGCGCGGGGCCCGGAGCGGGGGACGCCGCGCUGCUGAGGGCCGGCCGCCGCCGCCCGCGGGCCCCAGGCGGAGCGCAGCUGGGUGCCGCGAGAUUUGAGGCAGUGGGACUUUGUCGGCAGGAUGCCUCUGCCCCCGCGCAACCCUGAGGCCACCGCGAUGAGCACCGCAGCAGGGCCCGCCAGAGCACCCUCGUCUCACUAGCUCCCCCGCCGGGAGCCGCAGGGCCGCCUCGCCACGCCGCUGGGCCGCCAUGGCGUGUUAGCACGGAGUGGCGACCUCCGGUUUCGCAGACGGGCUUUGCACGCAGCAGAGUCACCGUGGAGAGGCCAGGGUACCACAAACUGAUGGAUUUUGACAAGAAAGGAGGGAAAGGGGAGCUGGAGGAGGGCCGGAGAAUGUCCAAGGGCGGCGCGGGCCGGAGCAGCCAUGGCGUCCGGAGCUCGGGGGCCAGUUCAGGGGUCCUGAUGGUGGGCCCCAACUUCCGAGUCGGCAAGAAGAUAGGCUGUGGCAACUUCGGGGAGCUUCGCCUAGGAAAGAACCUCUAUACGAACGAGUACGUGGCUAUAAAACUGGAGCCCAUCAAGUCUCGGGCCCCACAGCUGCACCUGGAGUACCGGUUCUACAAGCAGCUCAGCGCCGCAGAGGGCAUCCCUCAGGUCUACUACUUCGGCCCGUGCGGAAAGUACAACGCCAUGGUGCUGGAGCUGCUGGGGCCCAGCCUGGAGGACCUGUUCGACCUGUGCGACCGCACCUUCACGCUGAAGACGGUGCUCAUGAUCGCCGUCCAGCUGAUCACGCGCAUGGAGUACGUGCACACCAAGAGCCUCAUCUACCGCGACGUGAAGCCCGAGAACUUCCUGGUGGGGCGCCCGGGGACCAAGCGGCAGCACGCCAUCCACAUCAUCGACUUCGGGCUGGCCAAGGAGUACAUCGACCCCGAGACCAGGAAGCACAUCCCGUACCGCGAGCACAAGAGCCUGACGGGCACGGCGCGCUACAUGAGCAUCAACACGCACCUGGGCAAGGAGCAGAGCCGGCGGGACGACCUGGAGGCGCUGGGCCACAUGUUCAUGUACUUCCUGCGCGGCAGCCUGCCCUGGCAGGGGCUCAAGGCCGACACGCUCAAGGAGCGGUACCAGAAGAUCGGGGACACCAAGAGGGCCACACCCAUCGAGGUGCUGUGCGAGAGCUUCCCAGAGGAGAUGGCCACGUACCUGCGCUAUGUGCGGCGCCUGGACUUCUUUGAGAAGCCGGAUUAUGACUACCUGCGAAAGCUCUUCACCGACCUCUUCGACCGCAGUGGCUUUGUGUUUGACUACGAGUACGACUGGGCCGGGAAGCCCCUGCCGACACCCAUUGGCACCGUCCACACGGACCUGCCUACCCAGCCGCAACAUCGGGACAAAGCCCAGCCACACAACAAAAACCAGGUGAGGGUGGCCCGGGGCCCCCCACACCCCGGGGAGGUGCCAGGCGGCUGGCAUGACUUCCCACUGCCCCCGCCCACCCAGGCGCUGAACUCCACCAAUGGAGAGCUGAACGCAGACGACCCUACAGCUGGUCACUCCAAUGCCCCAAUCACAGCCCCUGCAGAGGUGGAAGUGACAGAUGAUACCAAGUGCUGCUGUUUCUUCAAGAGGAGGAAGAGAAAAUCCCUACAGCGGCACAAGUGACGGGUGCCCACCGCGCCUGCACCUCUCCACGCGGCCCCUGGCUGAGCUUGUCCAGGAGGCCUGGCGGCCCUCCAGGUGGCCUGGGGCCAGAGCCCGGCCGGAAGCCAGGGCAGACCGCAGGGUGCAAGGACCGCAGGCGCUCACCCCCAGGACGUGGGGUCACUUCCUUCACUUAAGACUUCGGCCGAAAUGUCUACACCUGUGUCUAGUCCUCCCCUUCGAGAGCAUUAACUAUUUAAAACAAGGAAAAAAGGAAAAAAAAACAGAGGCCCGCCCUGCCCCAGCCCUUCCUGCCGUCUCCGUGGUGAUGCGUAGUGUGACCCUGGAGGCCCCCCGGCCGCGCCGCCCACUCGUUAGCCUCAUAAAGUCCAGCUUGUCUCCCUCAAUCCAAAGGCCGUUUUCUCCGGGGGGGGCAGGCCCAGCCUGGGAGGGGUGCUUGGGGCCAUCUUGCCAGGCCACCCAGGAGGGGCCCAGGCAUUGCUGCCGGGGUGAGGCCACCCCUGGGCCUCCCCCAAACCAAAGGGGAAGGUGGGGUGGGGGCUGCAGCUGCAGCGGAAGCCAGCUCCCCAACCAAAGUGCUGCACCAAAGCUCUGGCGCCAGGGCCGCGGCGUCUUCCAGCCCGGCCUGCACCGGGGGCGCACCUGCUCCCGGAGUUGUGCCCAGGCGUAGGACCCCAAGGGUGGGUGGUCUCUGUUCCCGCUCUGGCACAGGGGCCACCUGGGCCCCUGCUGCCUGCCGGCUGCGGCUUCUGGUCUCCUGGCCUCCACAGGGGCUCCGCCGUAGGAGACAAACGCCUUAAAUCCCCCGCCUCGCACCAGGAUGUGGUGGGGACGCCUGGAGGCCGCGGGGGUGGGCGGAGGCGCCUGGGCCUCCCCAGGGGUGGUCGAGAGUAGUACUUGCUUUACAAAGUGUACAGAAAUGGCAUUUACGUUUCUCUGAUGCUUCCUUGAAGCCAUAGAAUUUAGGGGCUUUUUUAAAAAAUAAAAAAAAGGAAACCA